AUGAAAUUUUUCAUUGAUGAUCUCCCCGUCCUUUUCCCGUACCCUCGUAUAUACCCCGAACAAUAUGCCUACAUGUGCGAUCUUAAAAAGACCCUCGACGCCGGGGGUCACUGCGUCCUCGAGAUGCCUUCGGGCACUGGAAAGACAGUUACGCUUUUAUCGUUGAUCGUCGCCUACCAGCAACAUUAUCCAGAGCACCGGAAGCUCAUCUACUGUUCCCGAACAAUGUCCGAGAUCGAGAAGGCGUUAGCGGAGCUGAGAGAGCUGAUGAAAUUCCGCUCUGAACAACUGGGGUACACUGAGGACUUUCGAGCUUUAGGUCUGACCAGUCGAAAGAACCUGUGUCUUCACCCAUCGGUCAAACGGGAAAAAAGCGGUACGGUUGUUGACGCUCGAUGUCGGAGUCUAACUGCUGGGUUCGUCAAGGAGAAGAAAGAGAAGGGCGAGGAUGUUGAGCUGUGUGUAUAUCAUGAGAAUCUGGAUCUUCUCGAGCCCCAUAAUCUCGUGCCUCCCGGCGUCUUCACACUCGAUGGCCUCUUGAAUUACGGAGAGCAGCAUAAACAGUGCCCAUAUUUCUCUGCUCGGCGCAUGAUGCCAUAUUGCAACGUUAUCAUAUACUCCUACCAUUACCUCCUGGACCCGAAGAUCGCUGAAAGAGUUUCCAAGGAAUUCUCGAAAGACUGCAUAGUGGUAUUUGACGAGGCACACAACAUCGAUAACGUUUGCAUAGAGUCGCUCAGUAUAGAUAUUUCGGAAGAUUCCUUGCGGAAAGCCACUCGGGGCGCGAACAACCUGGAGCGAAAGAUUCAGGACGUAAAGAGCUCCGAUGCAGAGAAACUUAAUAACGAAUAUACGAAGCUUGUUGAAGGAUUGCGCGAGGCCGAACAAGCUAGAGACGAGGAUCAGUUCAUUUCCAAUCCUGUUCUUCCAGACGAUUUGCUCAAGGAAGCGGUCCCGGGCAAUAUUCGUCGCGCGGAGCACUUUGUUGCCUUUCUGAAGAGAUUUAUCGAAUAUCUCAAGACGCGAAUGAAAGUCACCCACACCAUUUCAGAAACGCCCUUAUCCUUCUUAAAUCACGUCAAAGAACUGACUUUCAUUGAACGAAAGCCACUGAGGUUCUGCGCGGAGCGCUUAACGUCGCUCGUUCGGACACUGGAGCUUAUCAACAUAGAGGAUUAUCAGCCGCUCCAAGAGGUGGCGACGUUCGCGACCCUGGUCUCGACUUACGACAAAGGUUUUCUUCUGAUCUUGGAACCUUUCGAGUCUGAGGCCGCUACAGUCCCGAACCCAAUUCUACAUUUUACGUGUUUGGACGCCGCUAUCGCCAUCAAGCCUGUAUUUGACCGGUUCAGCUCGGUGGUCAUCACAUCGGGUACCCUGUCGCCGCUCGAGAUGUACCCCAAAAUGCUUGGAUUCAAUACCGUUAUGCAGGAAUCAUACAGUAUGACUCUUGCCCGUCGAUCUUUCCUUCCCAUGAUCGUUACCCGCGGAUCGGACCAAGCACAGAUCUCGUCUUCAUUCCAGAUCCGAAAUGAUCCGGGUGUCGUACGAAACUAUGGAAACAUUGUCCUUGAGUUUUCCCGCAUCACCCCCGACGGGGUCGUCGUAUUCUUCCCGUCCUACUUAUACAUGGAGUCGAUUAUCAGCAUGUGGCAGGGCAUGGGCAUCCUCGACUCAAUCUGGAACUAUAAAUUGAUCCUCGUCGAAACCCCCGAUGCACAAGAAUCAUCACUAGCCCUAGAAACUUACCGAACGGCAUGCUGCAACGGCAGAGGCGCCCUACUGUUCUGUGUCGCCCGUGGCAAAGUUUCUGAGGGCAUCGAUUUCGACCAUCACUACGGGCGGGCCGUGUUAUGCAUCGGCGUUCCAUUUCAGUAUACCGAGUCACGCAUUCUCAAAGCCCGGCUUGAAUUCCUACGAGAAAACUACCGCAUCAGGGAGAACGACUUCCUUUCCUUCGAUGCUAUGCGACAUGCUGCUCAAUGUCUGGGUCGUGUCCUUCGAGGCAAGGACGACUACGGAGUCAUGGUUCUCGCUGAUAGGCGAUUUCAGAAGAAACGAACCCAACUUCCGAAGUGGAUUAGUCAGGCACUGUUGGAGAGUGAAACAAAUCUCAGUACCGAUAUGGCUGUUGCGACGGCGAAGAAUUUCCUGCGGACCAUGGCGCAGCCAUUUAAGCCGAAGGAUCAAGAAGGUAUUUCCACUUGGAGUCUUGCGGACUUGGAGAGACAUCGCGCCAAACAACUGCAAGAGCAGGAAAGGGUGCAGCGGGAAGGGUUUGCCCAUGGCAAUGGGACAAAUGGUGCUCGCAGUGGAGCGGGGGAUGAGUAUGACGAAGGGAUCGAUGAGGAUCUCAUGAUGCUAGAUGCGCAAUAA